AUGCAGACCGCUGACUCUCAGACCGGCGUUUCGCAUGUUCAGCAUCAUCCAGAGUUCUAUCUUGCAGAUGGAAAUAUCACCUUUCUCGUUGAAGAUACAUUCUUUCGCGUUCACAGGUCCUUCUUCGAGCGCGAAUCUGAGGUUUUCAUCCGGGAACUUGCACAAGUUCCCCAGGAUGGAAUAUCUGAUGACAGCGCGUUUCAGGUCGAAGACGUGACUAGUGAUGACUUCGCGACAUUCCUCUGGGUCUGGUACAGUCCGAAGUACAGACUGGACAGGAAAUCGUCAGAUAACUGGCUCGUCAUACUCGAGCUCUCUACGAGGUGGCAAUUUCUUGAGAUGAGGGAGCUGGCUAUUGAUCAGCUCCAGAAUCUCAAGAUGGACCCCGUAGAAAAGAUCGCGAUCUACAACAAGUAUGAGAUCGAUAGAUCGCUGCUUUUGCCUGAAUACAAGCACCUUUGCACGCGCGAGGGUCAGAUGUCGAUCGAGGAGGGUGAGACGGUCGGGUUAUUCACUGUCCUCGCUAUACAUCAGGCUCGUGAGCGUGCAAUGAAUAGUGUAGUGGCAAAAGAGUGUCGCAGCCCGACUCUUGCUGAUGUCGAUGAUGAGAAACUGGAAGAGAUAUUGAAGGAUAUCUUCAAUCUCAACCAGGAUUCUACUACCGCAUCACGACGUGGCGCAGAUAUUCAUGCGCCCUCAGGAGACACUGACAGCCAGGGUGUUCAGGCGCAGGGGCAAUCGAACGCACCCCCUAUCAUUGGCACUCCACUGCCCAAUGCAAGCAGAACCACGAACAGGCCGUUUGGGACAGGUUGGGUAAGUUGGGUCUUCCACCAGGGAGAAGGAAUCAUUUGA